AAAGGCCGAAAUGACCGCCCAAAGAAAACCUUCAUUUAAACCCUGCAUCAUUGUUCAUGGAGGGGCAGGAACAAUUUCAUCGGUGAGAAGAAUAUCAUCCCUUUCUGCGGUGAAAGAAGCGGUUAAAGCGGGAUAUAACGUGUUGUUAGAGGUACGCAGUAGUUUUAAUACAGCUCACCAGAGAAUAAUGACGUCACGGCGGCCAUAUUGGUGUCCCAAAACAAUGAAACGGCGGCCAUGUUGGACUCUUUUCUUAUGCAAAAACUUUCUUCUCUUCCAAUAAAUAAAAAAUAAAUAAAUAUAUAUAUAUUUAAAAACACAAGCAAACAAAUAAUAAAGUAAAUAUAUGUAUAUUUCAAAUCAAAUUGAAAAAUGUGAGUUGUUGCCAUCUUGCUUGACACAAUUUCCAAAAAUAUGUUAACUCAGACCCUCGAAAACCAGGUAAAAUGAAUAAAUGAAAAUGCCUUUCCAAGAUAGUGUUGAAAUCAAAACGUUGGUUUCUGGAUGCUUGUACUAUAAAGACCUGACAAAUGGAUAUAAUAUUAUAUUGCCAAAAUCCCAGCACUCCCAGAAUAUAAAAAUCUCAUGCUUAUAUCUCAGAAAAAGUUAGCAGGUAUAAUAUAUUGCCAGUAUCUGCAAAACUAUGCAUACUGCUAAACAAGAUGACUGCUCGCACGUAUUACGGCCAUGUGAACAACAAACCCCCGCCAUUUUCUUGUGCCAUCUUGGUUUUACCACUGCCCUAUACCAAUGGGGUCACAUAGCCCGAGUGUCGCAGAUUGCGCGACACUUGGGCUAUGUCACCCCGUUGGUUGAAGUUGAAUGAGAGCAUGGUGGCGAAGAUGGUAUCCCGUGUCUCCUACCUUAUAUAUUAUAAUAAAUUGUACAUAGAGUGAAUUUGAACAAAUUAUUACGAAACUUCGUUGGAGCAGGGUAAGUUUCAUUGACUUACAUUUAGUAUUUCCUACAAAUUUUAGGAUCGUAUUUUUACUCCUUACAAACACUGUAAAUUUACUAGAACUGUACUGUGGUACUAUCACAGAGCCUGGGUUACCUGUGCUUUAUCCGGUCACCUUUCGAGCUUUGUGGUAAAAUGUGCAUGACGGAGUGAUGGCAGGGGACUUUAUUAUUUGUUUGCUCGUGUUUUUAAUAUGUUAAUUUAUUUAUUAUUUAUUUAUUUUUUAUUUCAAAAAAAGAGGGGCCCAGAAAGGGGUCUAGAAGGGGGUCCAAAAAGGGGUCCAAAAGGGGGGUCCAGAAAGGAGGGUUCACGUUUUGUCUACUCUAUUCUUUCCCAUGACCUGAAACCUGACUGGAUAUUGGCUAAUUAAUGAGCUGUGGCAUACUGUAGUCUUGUAGAAGUAGAUCACAGGUCCUAGGGCAAGCUAAGUUGCAUGAUAAGAGGUCCCAGGCCCAUACUCCCUAUAAUGAGCUAUACAGGGAUGCUGCACUUGGAAGGGGUACCUUUUAUCAGGCUUCAGAUAUAUGAAAGGGAUUUCACUAGUUGAAUUAUUUGAAAGGGAAGAGAAAUCAGUGAUAUUUGUAUGACGUAAAAUGGACUCAAAAGGGCUAACAGAUGUAUUUUGUGGCUGUGAAGAAGUUGGGAAAACAUUCUGACCACAUUCUGGUCUUGCAAUAAUUGUCUUGAACAUUUCAAAGUGAGACCAAAUCUGCAAACUUACCCCUAGGUGAACUGACAAACAUCUCUGUGCCUUAUAUGGAAGUCUCUCCCCCCCCUCCUUCCACCCACAAGAAAUAAGAGGAGUUAUUUAUUAUUUAUUAAAAUAUUAAAAGGGAGGAAGCUCACUCGAUGCCGUGGAAAUAGCUACAAGAAAAAUGGAACUCUGUGGGGUAUUAAAUGCAGGUUGUGGAGCUUAUCUAACAGAAAAAGGAACUGUAGAACUUGAUGCUGCAAUCAUGGAUGGCCAAACCUUAAACACUGGUAAGUAAAUAUCAUGUUUAUUAAUUUUAUUCAUUGCGUGCAAAGGGCUCGGUCCUAACUGCUUCUGUUAUCAAACUAUUCUUUUACAUUUUUCUGUUUCCACUACACUUAAGCUGCCCCUGCAUAAGUUUUAAAGGUUCUUUUCCUCUGUCACAAACCAAAAUCUAUUUUGUGCCUCACUUCAGUGAGGUUUGCUCCUACUGGCACUGACCCUUCCCAGUCAGGCACACUCUUAAUUUGCAACUAAUACCAAUAAAUGUAUGUUUUAUUCCAAAAGCAUAUGCCAUUUAGCUAAUGUAUUGUUAUUUUGCUUAAGGGGUAAGAGGUUUAAUGGGGUAUUUUAGGAUUUGAGAUCCUGGUCCAGUUGUUUGAAGACCAAGCACUAGGCUGGGGUUAGCACUAAGUGCUAAGCUGGGGUUGAAUGUUUAUCCAGGUUUGUUUUCCUUUUGUUCAAAAGCAUUUUCUGUGAUAAUUUUCUCUGAAUUCUUUUUUGAGCAUCCAAUCAUGAAAUUGUAGACAAAAAAAAUGAAACUGAAUAACUGGCUUUUUUCACUUUCAUAUCUAAAUUCAAAUUUUACGUCCUGUGUUAUCUCCAAAACAAACCUGCCACAGGAUGAUAACAAAUAUUUUGGUACAUCCCUGACUCUUCAAGAAGGAAAGAAGGUAGACGGGAAUUUCCUGAAGGGGAGGGAAGGUGCUGGUAUUUAAUCCUACAAAGAAGAUCAUUCUCUCUGUUGUUGUCUGUAGGGGCAGUAGUCUGUGUUCAGAGUAUCUCAAAGCCUGUGUCCUUAGCACGUAAAGUUAUGACAGAGACAUCACAUUGUAUGCUGGCUGGAGAUGGUGCCCUUAAGUUUGCCAGAAACAUAGAUUUUCCCAUUCUGGGGGAUCCAAAUGUGAUAAUAAGUGAUCUUUCUUAUCAAAUGUACAUGAAAGAAAAGUUGAGACACGAGAAUCAUAACAAGCAUGUGAAUCAUGAGAGCAUGGCCACUCCUGUCACUCAAAAGAACAGGGACACCAACCUUGAGGGACAUGACACAGUGGGAGCAGUUGCCAUAGAUAUCAAUGGACACGUUGCUGUGACCUCUUCAACAGGUAACACUCAAACAUUUUCUUAAAAAUUCCAAUAUAUCUAAAAGAAAAGGAAAAACAAUGAAAAUUUUACACCUUCUUGAUUACAUGGGAGAAUUCCAGCUUUGACAAAUGUGUGGUGUCCAGGGUGAAAUCCAGAUAAACUUCAGACUCCACCAACUCUUUGAAUGAAGUAUAAGUACAAGUCAAGUAGAUGCAUGUUCCCAAAUUCAUGAGAAUGCUAACACAAAUUAUACUUUGCUUGCUUCAGUCAUAUUAGCCUGUUGGCAGAUGUCACCUAUUUCCUUUGUUGCAAGCAAAAGAAAUACAAAACCUCUCCGUGCAGGCUACAAUAUUCACAUAAACUUACAGUGCAAAGAAAGGAUGCAAAGCAAUUACCACAGGUAUCUCUUCUUGUACCCCUCGUGAUGUUUUAUUUUCUACUUCUUUAAAGGGGGUACUUCUCACAAGAUGUGUGGUAGGGUUGGAGACUCACCCCUGGUGGGGUCAGGAUUAUAUGCUAAUCAGUGGGCAGGUGCUUCAUGUACCGGACACGGUGAAUCGUUACUUAAGGUCGUUCUAUCCAGAGAGGUUGUGAACUGCAUUGAAAAGGGUGACUCGCCCACUGAGGCUUGCUCAAGAACCAUCAGUAAAAUGGCUGAACUGACUGGUGGUUAUGGCGGUGUUAUAUGCUUGGGCAAGUUUGGUGAGAUUGGUUUGGCGUUCAACACAAAGCAUAUGGUGUGGGCGUCUGUGAAGAAUGGUCUCUUAAAAUAUGGCAUUGAUCCUGGGAAAGAAAUCGAAGAAGUCUUCAAGGAGUAA